AUGCAGAGCCUACGAGUUGCCAGACCUUUUCCCUCGCGCUUCGUCAAGACACUGGCCCCGCGUAUCCAACGUCCAUACUCGACACCCUCGGCCGAACACAACUAUGAGCACAUUCAACUCAGCACUCCCCGUCCGGGUGUCGCUCUGAGUAAGUUGACUGCUUCUUCGCUCCAACGAACUCAGCAGUAUGACUGA